AUGGCCUGGAAAGGCCCUGUAGACUUUGUUCCACUUUCUCCCGUACUCCCUAUUCCCCCACUCACGCUUUCUCUCUCUAAAGAAAUUCAUCAGUUCGCUUCAAAGCGCCUUCUCCUGUGCUCUCUCUUCCCCACCAUCCCGUCAAAACUUCUCACACGCUUCGUGAAAAAUCUAUCGGUUCUCACUCGAAGAACCUUGAUCGUCACCUCCACCACCAACAUUGACGCGGUGGGUCUGGCGGCUACAGGCAUCAGGAGUCAUCAGAUCAAGCAGACCCACACAGCUUGGAUCUGGAUGAAGAUUAACAAGAUCGGGAAAGAAGGGUUUUCGAUUUGGAGCAGGUUGCAGGUGGAGGGUCUUCUCUGGGAUACCAGUUUGUUGACGGUAAGAACGGAUAUUAUUGUAAAAUAUGAUAAUCAGGUUUCGUCCCGUGAGUAGACUAUUGGUGGGUGUGAAGGAGGGCAAGGUUCAAUUUCAUGUUUUUUUCUUAGUUUUCAAUAUAUUAUCUUUGGCAUUAUAGCGAAUAAGUAGGGCCAUAACCAUAUGGUUCUCAUUUCCUAGAUUAUCAAUCAUAUAUUCAUAUCGGUCCCGAUGUUCACCCCUAUUUAGGAGAAGGAUUAUAUUUUCUAAGAGAGUUUUGCAUUAAUAA